UUCUGGUUUUGUUUUGAUCUUUUUGUAUUUCUCUCUCUCUCUCUCUUUCUCUUUGAAUGAAAUUUUUUAUUGAAUUGAUGAAGUUAAUCAAUUGAAUUUAUUUUGUUACUGUUUACAAGGAAUAUUAUGAGUAAUCAAAAGCCUGUUGGUGGUGGUGUUGCUCGUACAUCAUGGAUUAGGUUUCAAUUUGUUGGUGAUAUUUUUAAUUAUGCUGUUAACUCGGUGAUUUCUUGGUUUUGGUAUUAUGUUACACCGAUUCUUAAAAUUUUACUCCGUAGAUGUACAGGAUUAUGUGAACUUCAACGAAUCUGUUAUAAAACAGAGAAAGGAGCUCAAAGAUCAUUGGAAGUUGAAAAAUCAAUUUACUCUUCAAGACGGAAAGUGAUUAAUCGUAUUUGUGAGAAGCUUGAUGAUCUUGCUAAUAAUGGAAGAUUUAAUUCUAGUAAUACCUGUGAAGUUGUUCGAUUAGUAGAACAUGCAGUUGAAGCCAUUUGCAUUGAGAAAGAUAUUAAACCUGCGAUUCAUCCAGAAUUUGUUACAGCUUUAAGAAUCAGUUUUCUUCAAAUUUAUGGGUACAAAAAUCUACAACACGAGAUUAAUUGUCUUCGUAGUGUUCCUUAUGAUAGUGAUAAUCAAGAACAUGAGAAAAAACUUCUCCAACUCUGGAAUACUCUGAAUCCACAGAAUCCUCUUAAAUCCCGGGUAACCAAACAGUGGACUGAAAUUGGAUUUCAAGGCGAAGAUCCUAAAACUGAUUUCAGGGGAAUGGGUAUUCUCGGGUUAGAUAAUCUUCUUUAUUUCGCAACAAAUUAUACCAAAACUGCUCGGUGUAUUUUACUUCAUUCUAACCAUCCAAGUCAUGGUUUUCCUUUCGCAAUAACUGGUAUCAAUUUAACCUUCAUCGCUUACACUCUAUUGAACAAUAAUCGACUCAAAACUCAUUUCUACAAUAGUCAUUUUGGGACAACCUGUUUGGAGGAUUUUCACAGAGUCUAUUGUUAUUUGUUUUUCACUUUUGAUAAACUCUGGAUAGAGGAGAGGCCUAAAGAUAUCAUGGAAUUCAGUCAUAUUAAAGAGAAAUUCAUUAAUAAUCUCAACAAUGAACUUGAGAAAAACGAAACCAUUCUAAGGUGGAAUCCACCGGUUGAGGAUGUUUGAAAAUUAUUCUAAUUUGUAUGAUAAAUUAAUAAAAUUGUAUAAUAACAAUUGGAAA